AGAGGCUUUUAUAACGAAAAUUUCUCAACCUUUUGUGUGUCUAAAUGUCGGCAAGUAUUUACCUUUCUUUCUCUUUGCAGCAACAUGGGCAACACCCUCAAGGAGAUGCAGGACAUCCAAGGAGCCCUGCAGUGCUAUACCCGUGCCAUCCAGAUUAACCCUGCCUUUGCUGAUGCUCACUCCAACUUGGCCUCCAUCCACAAGGACUCUGGCAACAUUCCUGAGGCCAUACAGUCAUACCGAACAGCACUCAAGCUGAAACCAGACUUUCCAGAUGCCUAUUGCAACCUUGCUCACUGUUUGCAAAUUGUGUGUGACUGGACGGAUUAUGAUGCCCGCAUGAAAAAGCUGGUCAGCAUUGUGGGUGAACAGCUAGAGCGCAACCGCCUUCCGUCCGUGCAUCCACACCACUCCAUGCUGUACCCCCUGUCUCAUGAGUACCGCAAGGCCAUUGCCAACAGACAUGCAAACCUCUGCAUGGAGAAGAUCAACGUGUUGCACAAACAGCCAUACAAGUACCCAUCAGAACUGACCUCAGAUGGCCGUAUCCGCAUCGGCUAUGUCUCCUCUGACUUCGGGAAUCAUCCUACUUCUCACCUCAUGCAGAGCAUCCCUGGAUUACAUGAUAAGAGCCGUGUGGAGAUCUUUUGCUAUGCUCUUAGCCCUGAUGAUGGGACCACAUUCAGGAGUAAGAUCACCCGAGAGGCAGAACAUUUCAUUGACCUGUCUCAGAUUCCCUGCAAUGGCAAGGCUGCUGAUCGCAUCAACCAGGAUGGCAUUCACAUUCUGGUUAACAUGAAUGGAUAUACCAAGGGUGCUCGUAAUGAGAUCUUUGCCCUGCGUCCUGCUCCUGUCCAGGUAAUGUGGCUUGGUUACCCUGGCACAAGUGGUGCCCCCUUCAUGGACUACCUCAUCACAGACCGAAUCACAUCGCCUAUGAAGCUUUCUACACAAUACAGUGAAAAACUUGCCUUCAUGCCAGAUACAUUCUUUGUUGGAGACCACAAACACAUGUUCCCUCACCUGAAGGAGAGGGUUCUAAUUGAGUCUGUUGAUAACCCAAAACUGUUAAACAAUGAAGGCAUCAAGGACACAGUAGCACUCAUCAACACAACUGAUUUGAGCCCAGUGAUUGAGAGUGCAGAAGUAAUGACCAUCAAGGAAGUAGUCAAUCCAGCAACUACUAAGGAAUCUGUGGAGGUUGCUGUUACUGUUGCGCAGCUGCCCAGCACAGCACCAAUUGAGAGCAUGAUCCAAGCUGGCCAGGUACAGGCAACAGUGAAUGGGCUUCUUGUGCAGAAUGGACUGGCCACAACACAAAUGAACAACAAAGCUGCCACUGGAGAGGAACCACCACAGAACAUCCUUGUCACCACCCGGAAGCAGUAUGGCCUGCCAGAGGAUGCAGUAAUUUACUGUAACUUCAACCAGUUGUACAAGAUUGAUCCCUCAACUCUACAGAUGUGGUGCAAUAUUUUGAAACGAGUACCUAAGUCAGUUGUGUGGCUCCUGCGGUUCCCAGCUCAUGGAGAAGCCAAUAUCCUAGCACAAGCGCAACAACUUGGUGUUGGUGCUGGACGGAUCAUAUUUUCUAAUGUAGCUGCUAAAGAAGAACAUGUACGUAGAGGGCAGCUGGCUGAUGUGUGUUUAGACACUCCAUUGUGUAAUGGACAUACUACAGGUAUGGAUGUUUUGUGGGCAGGUACUCCUAUGAUUACACUGUCUGGAGAAACCUUGGCAUCUCGAGUUGCAGCUUCUCAACUCCACUGUUUAGGGUGUCCAGAGCUUGUAGCACAAACCAGACAGGAAUAUGAGGACAUUGCCUGUAAACUAGGGAAUGAUCGUGAAUACUUAAAAGCCACAAGAGCUAAAGUAUGGAAGGCUCGCAUCGACUCCCCUCUGUUUGAUUGCAAGACAUAUGCAACUAACCUAGAACGGCUCUUUGGGCGUAUGUGGAAGAAAUAUAGUGGUGGAGAGAAGCCAGACCACAUCACUGAGUGGUAAUUGAGAUAAGAUAUUUAUUGAGAUUCAGGAUGGAGUAUUUAUUUAUUUCAGUAGGAUUUACUCAACUUGAAAUUGUAAAAUGAUGUUGCAUUGCCCGCAAUCACACCGACUUACCAGUCAUUUGUUGCAACCAAGGAAGUGAAUUGAUUAGAGAAGUAUCCAGCACUAACUCUGAAGUAAAUGUGAUAUUAGUUCUUUCAGAUCAAUGCCAUAAUUGUUACAAUGCACCAUUGCAGAUCUGAUGUUAUUCGUUGUAUACAGGCCAGUUGACCAUUGACACAGUGGAUUCCAGCUUCUUUAUAUAUCCAGUACUACUUUGUCAUUAACUUGUGUAACUCAAAGUAGGUGUUUUUAGCUAGACAUUUUUGAUAUUUCAAAAUAUAUGAUCUUGUUAAUGGCCAACCAUCGUGGAGAUCAAACCUGUUAGAAAUUGAAAUACAAGGCAUAUCUGAUCAAUAAAAGAUUGUGUGGAGUUAAUAUUAUGAACAAGCUGUAAAUAAAUCCUAAGUUUUCUUUUAGAAAUAAGCAUGCUUCAAAAGGCUCAGGAGUCUUCAAGUGUGUGUGUGUGCGUGAGUGUAUAGGGUUCUCUCAUUUUUCACUAAAUUUUGUCAUUUAUUUUUAUGUAUUAAGACAGGGAUAUUUCUACAUGUAUAAAUAGUUUUAUCCAUGUUUAUUUGUGAUGUUUUUUAUAGUUUUAUUUUUUAUUUUUGGCAAAUUCUGCAAUUAGUGAGAAUAGAUAUCCACAUGUACAUUCUUAGAUGAUAUUUCAUAAUUAUCAGAGGCAUUAGUGAUAAUUUUUCUUCAUCCCAAAGAAUGUGCACUGUUACCAUGUACAUAAUGACAAGGCUCCAUUAGCUUUUUAGAACAUGGUAAAUAAUAGCCAUCAAUAUUGAUAUUCAAAUAUAUUUUUAAAUGCCCUUACAACAGAUUGAAAGGUAACCAUGAAUAAAAAGCUUGUCUCACAGAUCUGGUUGUGGGGCAGUUUUAGGUUGUCUUGUUAACUGUGGGUGCUAAAGAUUUGAAAAUUUCAUUUAUUUGUAUGCCAACGAAGUUAUUGGUAGGUAAAAGCAUGUUCACUCUGUUGUAGAGGCAGGUGAAGCAGUCUCUUGAUAUAAAGGGAAUAAUCAUUAAAAAACAAUAUUUUUUUUGUGUAUGGGACAGUUUAUAUGUAAAAUUUGAACUUAGACAGGUUGAUAAGGGAUCUAAAUAAUGUUUAGUAAUACAAUUCAUCAUGCAAGGUGUGAUAAAGUGUCCUUGUGAGACACUGGAUGACAAAUAUCCAAGUGUUGACUAACACAGGUUUGAUUUGUCAUGGAAGUUCCUUGCACUAAGUGAUACCAUUAUCAAGCAUUACAGUUGUAAGUGGACGUGUGACAUCUGUUUUUCUUGUUAAAGAAGUGUUUCUUUUGUAUUAGUAGCCCAGUAUUCUCACUCUGGAAAUGAAUAUUUGAGCAUUGUCCUCCAUGAAGAAGAAGAAGAAGAAGAAGAAAUGCACUUUUGGGCUUGGACAAUGGCGAGUACACCACUCAAGGCCAUUUCAUCCCUUGCAUCACUGUAGAUUUUGGUUUGCUCCAUUCUUGCUGUAGAUUUCUCCAUCUCUCCUUUUUUCUUCCUCCCCUCUCUGGAGACUUGACAGGAGUAGUAUUUUUACAAAGAUAGGAUGCUGCAGUGUUUCUCUAAGUUUGUUUAUACAUCUUGUUUUCCUAUGUGUAUAUAUAUAUAUUUUUUAUGUUUCCUCAGGACUUCAAAGAAAUUGAAAAUGAUUUAAUGAAAGUUCACAGAGAGGGGAUGCAUAAAAAGUCUGUACAUUGUUCUUUGCUUUUCAAAAAUAAAAUACAAACAAAGCAAGGAGUUAUCAUUAACUUUGUACUCUAUAUCACAAGAAACAAAGUUCAAAGUAUAGAA